GGGCAGAUCUUGAAUGUUCUCGAUGAGUUGAAACUGGCUAAUAACACCCUCGUCUACUUCACCUCGGAUCAAGGAGCCCAUGUGGAAGAGGUGAGCACCAAGGGAGAAGUCCACGGAGGCAGUAACGGAAUCUAUAAAGGGGGGAAAGCAAACAACUGGGAAGGAGGUAUCCGGAUUCCGGGCAUUCUUCGGUGGCCAGGGGUGAUAAAGGCUGGGCUAGAGAUUGACGAGCCAACGAGCAACAUGGACAUAUUUCCUACGGUGGUCAACCUCGCAGGAUCUCCACUGCCCAAGGACAGAAUCAUCGAUGGACGUGACCUCAUGCCGCUGCUUCAAGGGAAGACCCUACUCUCCGAUCAUGAGUUUCUCUUCCAUUACUGCAACUUCUACUUAAACGCUGUGCGCUGGAGCCCUCGGAAUAGCACGUCCGUCUGGAAGGCCUUCUUCUUCACGCCCAAGUUCAGCCCCGAGGGCGCCAACGGGUGCUUUUCCACACACGUGUGUUUAUGCCAUGGGCAGUUUGUGAACCAGCAUCACCCGCCGCUGCUCUUCGAUAUUUCCAGAGACCCCAGGGAGAGAAACCCGAUAUCGCCGACGACCGAGCCCCGCUUCCAGGAGAUCGUCGACGUCAUGCGGCGGGCCGCAGACCGCCACACCGAGACCCUGCAGGAGGUCCCCAAUCAGCUGUCACUGGGCAACAUUCUCUGGAAGCCAUGGCUUCAGAUGUGCUGCUCGUCUUCCGGGCUGUCCUGCCAGUGUGACCGGGAGGAACAGGCCAGGAGGGCGAGCCGCUAGGUGCAUGUCCGGGGACAGAGGCCCGGCAUCCGCUGCACCUCUGGCCUUGUGCACACACAGGGCGGCGGCCCUGCGGAGAGCCAGCCCUGUCGGCACCUUGGACUGGGAGCCUCUCUCCAUCUUACUGCCCAAAGGCUCCGUCAAGAGCCCCCCGGUUACCCCAGGGGGAAAGCAAAGUGUACGGUAUACACAGGGAUAAAUGCCAGACGUGGGGUUCCGUGGCCAAAAUUCUUAGAGUCCUGUAAGUGUGGGGGGUCGGGUGGGUGGGGAGGAGCAGAAAGUAUCAUGCUGACUCCUCUGCAAAUGAGUGGACCCAUGGCAUAAGGUGCCGUUAUUCCACGAUGCCUUGUGGUGCAUCGGCCGCCAUGAUUUCCCUGGCACACCAAUAAACAACGGAAUAGCAUUUAAACAGCACUUACUGAAUCUUAAUAUAUGCAACUUAGAAUGAGUAAAGGACCAUCUUCUUCACCAAUAAUAGAUGAUGCUCAAUUGCAAUUUGAUUUGGAAGGCAGUUAUUAUCAGUGUUAUUUAGAGCACAUAUUAAAAACUAUGCAUGAUAGAUAUAUUUACAGAUACACAGUUUCUUUCUUUCCUCGGGAAUUCAGAGAUAUUUGAACUAUAAAACUAGAAGCUUCACACUAUUUAGGUAAAAGCAAGAGAGGUUCACAGAUAAGACUUUUCUCGUGCAGCAGACUUUUUUGUGAAAUCCUUCGGGAACCAUAAUCCCAAGACAAUCUGUCCUGAAUGGAUUUCCGUUGCAUAAUUUAUAGUGUUACAUUUGGGUUUUACUGUUUCUUUGGUGAAUGGAAGUUCCCAGAUAAAGGCUACCUCGGGGAUAGUAUAGCACGAGGAAUCCCUCCCAAUGCAGUGCAGAAUUAUUGGCCUGGAAAGUGUGUUACUCGGCGGGGGAGAACUCGUAAGCAGUCCAUGACCCUUGCACAAUAUCAUGAUACCUUUCGUUCUUGCAGAAUUUACUGAUGAGACCACAGUAGUUCAUAUAGGUACCUUUGUUUUUUACACUUGUAUUGUGUGGCUAACAAAUACCUGUGCCUUCCUGUGCCUCGAUGAGAUGUACAAUUUCGCUUUAAUCUUGCUUAUUCCGACAUCAGUAAUUGAGGGGCAGGGCAUCAGCAGGCCACGUAGGAGGCAGUGGGCAGUGGCUCUGUAGGAGGAAGGUCCUGAGUCUGCACCACCAGCCCCCACGGAGGAGAGAAUGCACCUGAGUAGAGGAUGCUCAUGUCACUCGAUCAGACUCUAGACAUCUGCCAACGGUAUCGUGUGGAUUCCUUUUCGGGUCAGUGGAGAGGACCUGCUGUUCCCGUGCUUAUCCAUUCGUCUCUUUAGUGCACAUGUCUGAGCAUUCCCUCUUGGCCCAGUGUUUGCUCCGUUCCAGGAGACGGCAGAUCGAUGCAAAGCCUGGACCCCGCGUGGCCCUGUGGAGAGAAUGUGUGCUUUCAGACACCCUGACCAUGGGCCACAUGUCUCUCCACGUGUUCCCCACCCCGGGAAGAACUUCCAAGAUCCAGUAGUAUUACUGCAUUUCCUCUUGAGAUCCGUGAUUUCACAUUUUACAUCUUUCUUUUCUUACAACCUACAAGUGAUGUUUUUUUCCUCCCCUCCCCGGGAAAGGUUGAAAGUUGGCGAGCAAACGGGUUUCUUAUUUUUCAUGUGGAUUUCUAACUCCAGAAAUGGCUGAGAAUCUGUCCUGUUGCUUUAGGAACCUUCGCUAACGACUGUACUAGCUUGUUAAUAACGGGGUGGGGUUAUUGCUGGUAUUACUAUGCAGAAACUAUUUAAAACCACUAUUACAAACUUCGGUAUUACGCUGAUCAUGUUUACUCAAAGUUUAACACACUCAAUGCAAGUGGACUCUUCUAGACAACACUUCAGGGGGUGGGGAUGUGUGUUGGAGGAUUAAGUGAAAGGAAGCACUUUUAUAGAAUAUGUGAAUACGUAUGUAUGUGUAGAGUUGUUAAGUCUGUACUGAAUGUUAGCAGCCAAUGAAGGACAUAUACCUCUAGAAAUAAAAUAAGCUUUAAAGUAUUUGCCUUAAGGGGCGCCUGGGUGGCUCACAUGGUUAAGCGUCUGCCUUUGGCUCAGGUCAUGAUCUCAGGGUCCUGGGAUCGAGUCCCGUAUCGGGCCCCCUGCUCAACGGAGAGCCUGCU